AUGGAGUUCUGCAAACGCUCCAAAUUUCUGCACGUGCUCCCGAGACCCGGAAGACGUAUCGUGUGGUCAUGGCGAACGGAAAACGGCACGAUCCUCCGGAUCGCGGGCAACGAUCCCACGGACGAUUGUCCGAUCGAGUUGCUGAACAUCUCCAUCCCCGUAAUCGCGAUCCUUAUGACCCUGAUUGUCUGCCUCAAACAGAAAUUCAAUAAACGACGCAAAGUCACCGCAGGGCUACUUCCGCUACAUACAACCAGGACGUUACUGUGCAUGUUGCUGUUGUUGAUUCUUUUCUUGGAACUCUCCGAGUCCAUCUUGACGACUGUAUCCCUGUCGUCCAUUUUCACGAUCCUGGCGGUACUCUCCUGCUGGAUCGUUCAUCGAUGGACGGAAAUCAAACGAGGCUUCUGGACCGGUUUCUCGGCGGGAAUCUUCGCCGCUAUUGGUUUGGCACGAGCAUGGAAAUUCAGUUAUUUGUCUGGAUACGGCCUGACAAUCGAGCACGUUCGAUUCGUAACGACAGCGGCGUCCGCCAUUCUGUGUGGCUUCUUCGCCAUCUUGGAUUCUUACGCGCUCUAUCUCACGACCAGACGUAGGAGGCGGAAAUACUUAAUCAGACAGAAAGAAGGGGGGGAAACGGUCUAUGGACACUCCGAAGCGACGUUUAUCAGCAAAAUUACCUUCCAUUGGGUCACCGAUCUAUUGUCGAAAGGAUACGGUUCGCCCCUCGAGUCUCAAGAUCUUGGUGAACUGCCGGAAGAAGAGUCCGCCAGGCGACAGUUUCAGAAAUUCAGGAGAAUUUACGAGGAGAACGAGGGGAAAGGGAAGGUCUCCCUUUGGCGAUGUUUCUGGAAAAGGAUAUGGCUCCCUUUUACUAUCGGAGGAUUAUUAAAGCUACUAGGGGACGCAACAACCCUUGUUGGACCUAUGACCAUCUCGAAAAUCUUGGACCACGUCUCUGUCACCCAGAAUGGGACCAAUCAUCGAACCUUUCGGGCUGAAAAUAUCCUUAAAUUUACGCAGACUGCUAUGACGUUCUCCGAGGUUCUCCAAAAUGGCUACUUCCUCGCGUUGCUCGUGUUCGUGUUCGCGAUGCUGCAAAGCACUCUCAGCCAGGCCUCCACGCACGUGCUCUGCGUCGAAGGGAUUCGUUUGAAGGGUGCUCUUCAGGCGUUGCUGUACGAUAAAGCCUUGCGUCUCUGCUCGUGGAGCAUCGAAGAUGACGAGAACGUGAAAGAGCAACAGAGGAGCCAGCAGACCGCUGAUAUCGGGACCCUGACCAAUCUCAUCUCCGAGGACGCUUAUAACGUUAUGAACUUCUUCUGGAUCGGACAUUAUACAUGGGCGAUACCGUUGAAAAUCGCUGCUAUAAUUGUCCUCCUCUACACAAAACUAGGCGUCAGUGCAAUCAUCGGUGCACUUUGUUGUAUACUCCUGGUCACACCCAUGCAAUUGUUUCUUGGGAAAAGAAUGUCAGAGAACUUCAAGUCCAUCGCAAAACGAAGCGACGCCAGAUUGCGCCUGGUCAACGAAGUUCUCCAGGGCAUGAAGCUGGUGAAACUUCGAGCCUGGGAAGAUAUCUUCGAGGGGAAAAUCAGGGGAGCAAGGAACGAAGAGCUGAAAAUGCUGGACAAUGAUUCCUUCUAUUGGACACUUAUCAAUUUCCUCACACACGCCUCAUCGGUUCUCAUGACACUCUUCACUUUCGGAGCCUAUUAUUGGAUAGAAGAUCGAAGUCUGGAUGCUGGAAAUGUUUUCGCGAGUUUGGCCCUGUUCUCGCAACUCACCGUGCCUCUUCUUAUAUUUCCCGUGAUGAUACCUAUCAUUAUCAACGCUACGAUCUCUACGACCCGGAUGGAAGAUUUUCUUCAGCUUCCAGAGAUCGAGAAUAUUCUACCGAAUCACGACGACAGAAGGACAGAUUUUAGCAACAAUGAUUCAUCACGAACGAAUUCCAUAGAAGAAUGCACUGUAGAAGCAACGAAGGUGCACAGCGCGGCGACCUUUGGUUCCCUGGACAACAUCGAAGAGGACGAAGAGGAUGGACAGUCCUCUGGUUUCAGGGAAUACAAACUUGACAUAGACUCGUCCGCGGACACGGUGUUCGAAAAGGACCCAGAAAUUCCGGUGCUUCGAAUGAAAUCCUGCGUGUUCACCUGGGGCUCUGAUGAGGGACAGCUGUUCAUCCAAGAUCUCAGCUUUCCACGUGGGCAGUUGACACUGGUGGUUGGCGAAACCGGAAGUGGAAAGACGUCGCUGUUGCUGGGAAUGUUGGGGGAGAUCCAACGUACAUCAGGAACGAUCGAAUGGACCAAGGGUGCAAAGAUCGCGUACGUUGCCCAGAGGCCUUGGCUACUGAACGCUACCUUGAGAGACAACAUCCUCUUUGGAUCACCGUACAAACCACGAAGAUACCGUAACGUAUUGAAAGCUUGCGCCUUGCAACCGGACGUGGAUAUAUUGCCAGGUCACGAUUUCACGCGAAUCGGAGAGAAGGGGAUCAAUCUGAGCGGUGGCCAGAAGCAGAGGGUCACCAUAGCUAGGGCGCUUUACAGUGACGCGGACGUUAUCGUCAUGGAUGAUCCUCUGUCCGCACUGGACCACCAAGUCGGCCAGCAGAUAUUCGAUCAGGGAGUCCGCAGGCUACUCCUGCGAAGUGGACGGACUGUGAUUAUGGUCACUCAUCGGUUGGAAUUAUUAUCCACCGCUCAUCAGGUGAUCGUGAUGCACGGUUGUCGAGUCCGAGCGGUGGGCACGAAGUCGACGAUCGAAGAUUCCGAUCCAGAAUUGGCGGCCGAGUGGAGAACAGCAGCAGCGAGGGGGAACAAUCUGUCAUGUCGUGUUCAUAGAACAGCCAAAGACAGGUGGUCUUUGAUCAGGCUGGUGUCUAGAAUCGGUAUCAAUCUAAGAAACAAGCAGGCUAGCGAUGGAUCAUGGAUCACUGAUCAGGAAGCGCACGUGAAUCCUCCAGCUUUCGUGCCGCUACGGAUGCGACGAACCACUCUCUCGGGUUCAAAGUACUUGGCCCCCGAUCUUACAGACCUCCCGGUGCCCACGGAGGAAUGGAGGGUGCAGAAGAAAGAAUCGAGAUCACAUCAUCGGAAUGCGAUCAGAUCGAGUAGUUUGCAGCCCCAUAGGCGUCCGGCGCCUGUUCUUCGACAGAGCAGCACUCCAACGAUCCUCGAGAGCGGAUAUAUUAUAACAAGAAAAAGGAACAAUACUUUCGACAGCGGACAAACCAGCGACGUCUUGAGACAGAUAUUUUCUGGCAGAACUGUCAAUGUGCAUCCCGACGAAGCGUCGUUGAACACAGAGAAAAGCGUCUUGCGUAGACUGAUACCGUCCAAUCCGAGCAGACAAGUACAGUACAAUCUAAAAACAUUCAAUCAGACACAGGAACGUAAUCGUCUUCCAGUAAAAAGGUUACCGUCAGUGGAUUCCAAAAGGACCAACGAGAGCAACGAAAUGAAAGAAAAGAGUCUCAAUAGGGAGGACCACGAGGAAUCCAGUCGCGAAGAUAGGAGUGGAAUGGUCACCAGAAUGAUUUGCAUGGAUUAUGCGAAGGCUGGGGGGUUGAUACCAGGCCUGAUUUACAUAGGGGUGGCAGUUCUCUGCCAGUUCCUUCGUGGUUACACGGACCUUUGGUUGAGUCGAUGGACGGACCAAGAAAAAGAAGCCUGGAAUGCCCAUGAAGAACAAGAUACGUUCUUCUACUUCAAAGUGUACCUGACACUCUCUGUGGGCUCUAUACUGCUAUCCUUCGUAUACAACGCUACCGGUCAAUGGACAGGUGCCAGAGCGAGAAGAAAACUGCACGAAAAAGCGAUCCACAGACUGUUGAGAGUACCGUUAUCGUUCUUCGAGCGCGAUCCUGUUGGGAAAAUUUUGAACAGAUUCAGCGGCGAUGUAGGCGUGAUCGAUAAGGUUUAUACAUUAAUGAACUUGAUUGGUUCAGCGAUGAUAGUGAACGUGAUCGUCUCACCGUGGUUCCUAGUCGCUGCUCUGCCCAUCUGCGUAGCCUAUUACCUUGUCCAGAGAUUCUACAGACGCAGUGCAAGGCAUUUGCAAAGACUCGAUGGCAGCACACGUUGGCCGAUUGCGACGCAUUUUACCGAGACCCUCAGCGGUCUGGCCACGUUAAGGGUUUCGAAACAAGAGAAUCGAUUUAUGGACCAGGCGAUCAAGUGUCUGGACACGAACACGAAUGCGUUUCUGCUGUUGAACACGAGCAACCGAUGGCUAGGCAUCGCAUUAGUAAGAGAACCUUAUCGUUUCGACUUCUUAGACGGAAUUUAAUCAUUUGUUAACUUUCAGGAUUAUCUGGGAGCAGUGAUUGUGGUUGCAGCGACGUUCGCCGCGUUAAUAUCCGCGGAACUCUAUCCGAGUCGCGUGACACCGGCUUUAGUUGGCCUGGCGAUCAAUUACUCCCUUCUAGUAGCCAUCUAUUUAAACUGGGUGGUGAAAUUCACCGCGGAGAUCGAGAUGUACAUGGGCAGUGUGGCGAGAAUCUCUGCGUACAGAUAUGCUACAAUCGAGAAUUAUCGAGAAGAGGGUGUCCAAGUGCCUGAAAAUUGGCCCGACAAGGGUGAAGUCGUCUUCGAUAAUGUUUCUUUAGUGUAUGACCCGCAAACGGAGCCAGUGAUUUCGAACUUAUCCCUGAAGAUCCCAGCAGGGCAAAAGAUUGGAAUAUGCGGAAGAACCGGAAGCGGAAAGUCCUCCACAAUAAUGGCGCUGUUUAGAUUGUUGGGGAUCGCGCAAGGUAAAAUUCUAAUCGACGGAGUGGACGUUCGCGAAGUGCCAUUAACUGUCCUUCGCUCACGGCUAUCGGCUAUUCCUCAGGACGCAAUCAUGUUCAGCGGCACUAUACGGGAAAACCUGGAUCCCCUCUCGAUGCACGAAGAUCGAGAGCUAUGGAACGCGUUGGAGUUGGCUCAGAUCAAAAACGUUGUGGCCUCGCAUCCCGAAGGACUCGGCUUCGAGGUGCGAGAAGGCGGCGAGAAUUUCUCCACGGGGCAACUACAGCUGUUGGGCAUGGCGCGAGCGAUACUCCGUAGGUCCUCGAUCGUUGUCCUCGACGAAGCAACCAGUGCACUCGACGCUGCCACCGAGAGGACACUCCUGAAAGCGGUCUCAACCGUUUUCGAGGACAGAACUGUGAUCGCUAUCGCGCACCGCGCCGCGGCUCUGCUAGAUUGCGAUCGAAUAAUCGUCUUCCACGAGGGUAGGAUCGUCGAGGAGGGCGCCCCGAUGGAUCUGACCGGACGACCAGGUGGAUUCUUCGCGAACAUGUUGAAGUCCACCGCCGAGCAGAACGGGGAAACGAUCGAUCGUUGAACGAUGGAUCGAUCGAUACGAAAACAAUUAUCGAUAGACCGGCUGUAUUCGAGCGAGAUUGCGCGAAAUGUAUUUAUUUUUGAUAAUGAUGAUAAA